CGGGCGGGAGCGGCGGCGGCGGCGGGCGCUGCCCGGAGCCUCGGGAGCCGCGCGGGACUGCCCGGGGAGGCUGCACCGAGCGCGCACCCGGCCCGGGACCGGCUGCGGCGGCUGCACGGCCGAGGGACUAGCAUAACGAGAGCUCAAAGUUAGAUGAUAAUAACAGAUUAACUGAUUAACUUUUAAAUUACUACUGUAAGGCAUUAUCCAUGCCAGGGAAUGGAGCAGGAGACUACACUGCAAGGAGAUACAGGGAUAGGGGGAGGGUGGGAAAAGUCAGAACCAGGAAGUGUGAAUAGCACUCACACACACACAAACUUCAAUGGAUGCACAGAAAUACCAAGAGACUGGAGGGUGUAGGGGAAGAAUUGCACGGAAGCAUUCACUACAUGCACAGUGCCAUAAUGGAUCCUGGAAGCAGAGGAAGAAUCCACUGCACCAUGAGACUCACCUGCUCUCUCCUACUCAUAGCAGUGUUCUGUGUGACACCUGUCCUCUGCCACAGUCAAAUUGAUCCACUGGCUCUUGGGCGGGCAGACCCGCAGUGCUGGGAAUCCUCCUCAGCUGUUUUACUGGAAAUGAGGAAGCCUCGCAUUUCUGACUCUGUCAGUGGCUUUUGGGACUUCAUGAUCUUUCUGAAAUCCUCAGAGAACUUGAAACAUGGGGCUUUGUUCUGGGACCUGGCUCAGCUCUUCUGGGAUAUCUAUGUGGACUGUGUGCUCUCCAGAACCCAUGGGCUGGGGAGAAGGCAGCUGUCAGAAGCUGUCAGAAGCCUGAAGACAGCUAGUCUACAUUCUCAGUUCACAGGGAGAAACCAAGGUCACUACUCCUUUAAUAUCCAUCUCAUGGGCAAUAAUUAGAGUCUAGUGGGAAAGAAAAGAGAUUGAGGCCUAUUGUGCUAAUAAUACAGAAACAGAGGACAAUGUUGUGCAAAAACCCCCUACUCCUCCCAGUGAAGUGUAGAGCUGUAUUUAUGUUCAAUGUGAUCUCAGUAAAAAUUUUACUUCCAAACAACCUGAACUCUAACAACAGCUUUUAAGUUUGAUAGGGCAGGAAAAGCAGCAGAAAGUGUAAUACAGGAGGAUUCAAACAAAGAAGACAGCUCAGCAACUGAAUAUAGCAAUAUAUGCUUCCACACCAGCAUUUUUACCACAGUUGUGCUAUGAACAGGCUAGCUCUGAAUUCCCCAUUCUGAGAGGAAUGCAUUGCAUUGUGCUGUUGGUGAGAGUGGCAGCCUUUUGGCAGAAGGGUAAAGGUGUGUCUACUUGCCAUCUAGCAGUCAGUCACUAGCUAUUUUUCAUUUCUGUACUGGUAACUUUACCCAACACACAAUGGAAACAGAACUAGGCCUUAGAGGAUGCAGGCUUUCAGGCACAACUACAGCUCCAGGAAGAACAUCACUACCUGUGACACUAAGUGUUGCAAUUCCUAGACUCCAGGUUCCCAGCCCCCUUCCAUAUGCAUAUCAAUUACCAUCCUCAUUCCCAAGUGGGAGACACAAUGCAGCUUUUCCUAAACCUCGGUCCCUUCCAAGGCUUCAGUUCUUAUCCUGCUACCAACAGAUUUAUCCUUGCCUGGAGACGAUCCACUUUCAGAUAGAGGAAAAAGCGUUUUCCUUGUUGCUGACAUCAACAAGAAAUACAGCACCGUUCCAAGGAAGUAACUCGGCCAUGGGAUAUCAGCAGCUAAAGAGAGAGAGAGAAAUGGGCAAUCGUUUGCACUGCCGAGGAAGUCACAGCAUGGGAGCUGGAAAUCACCAACAGAAAAGGAAUAUAGCUCUCCACAAUGUUCCAGGUGAAGUCAGUAAAUGCAGAAACCUGUCAUGCUGUGUUAUUACAGGCAACAUCUGAAACACUUUAAAGAGUCUCUUUUAAGAGA